AGUUUGCUGCAUGCUGAGCAUCACUAAACCAGCUUUUUAAAAAGUAUCAGCUCUAGUCUGGUUGUGGCAUCAAAAUGGCAAAGAGAGUGCUGAUCAUUUAUGCCCACCAGAGCUCUGCUUCAUUCAAUGCUGCAGCUAAAAAUGCUGCUGUGGAGGUUCUGACUGCUCAGGGCUGCACCGUGGAAGUGUCUGACCUGUAUGCUAUGAACUUUAAAGCCACAGCCACUGCUGAGGACUUAAAAGAUAUUUUUUUUUCCUACCCAGGAGAAGUGGCUAAUGCUGAGAACUUCUGUUACCUGAUGGAGAGCAAGCUUGCUUGGGAAGAAGGACGGCUGUCAGAUGACAUUACUAAAGAGCAAACUAAAGUCACUGAGGCAGACCUGAUCAUAUUUCAGUUCCCCAUCUACUGGUUUGGCUUUCCUGCAAUCAUGAAGGGUUGGAUCGACAGAGUGCUCACUCAUGGAUUUGCCUAUUCCCAGGAGAAGCGUUACAGCCAGGGAGUCUUCAAGGACAAGAAGGCCAUGUUGUCCUUCACCACUAGGUCUUCUGAAUCCAUGUUCAGCCCAACUGGCAUCGAUGGGGACAUGAACGUCACGCUGUGGCCUCUGCAGAAUGGCAUCCUGCACUACUGUGGCUUCCAGGUUCUGGCCCCUCAGAUCUUCUGGGCUCCAGCAUCUGUAGCUGACGAAGAUUGUAAAUCCAUGUUGGAGGCCUGGCGUACACGACUGCAGGGUCUCCUGGAAGAGAAGCCCCUGUCCUUCUUCUCUCUGGGUUGCUUUGAUGAGAAGACCUUCCAGCUGAAACCUGAAGUUCAGGAGAAACAUGCCAGCCAGGAGUUUGGUCUGACUGUGGGCAUCCACCUGAACAAGCCUCUGCCUCCCCACAACCAGAUGAAGGCUGGAUGCUGAUUUAUUUCUUAUACAUCAAUAAAAGCUGGUUUAAUGUUUUUUGGUUUGUCAGUAAAAUGAUGCAGUCUGUGUAAUCUUUAAA